AUUUAGUUGAGGAGUUUCACUUCAUUAGCAACUACUCUUACUAGCAGAGUAGGUUUAAGCAUCCCAAUGUAAAUAACGUUUAUUUUUUCUCUCUCUUCUUUCUCACAUAAAUCGACGUCCUUCAAUCUUCUCAACUCACAACUUUCUACAUUUCUCUCUCUAAUCUCUUCUUUCUACAAUGGCGUCUGAUUUCAGCGACAAGGGUGGUCAAGAUUUAUGUCGCAUUUUGGUUCUGAACGAUGAAGGUCCAGGAACAGCCAAUGUGCAAAGUGGGUUGCAGCUGCAAAGUCAGACAUGUGUGGAUGGUUCAGUGAUUUGCCACAAACCAGUUGACCUUCAAACUUCAGACCCAUUUCCACCUUGCGUAGUCACCGUUGAUAUCGAGAAGGGUGCUACCGAUGUAUCAAAAAUUGAUCAUGAAACUUGCGGGAGUAUCAAAACUGAGAUUUCAUUAACUAAACCACUACGAAGACAAAACAGCUUACAGACAGGUGGAGAAUCCAUACCACCUAUAAUGAACCACAUCCUAAUGUUGCUCAAGUUUGAUGAUAAAGAGAAACAAGCAAUGGAAAAGACGCAUGAUGCUACCAAUAACCGAUGGAGAAAGUAUAAACGUCCAGGUUUAUUUGAUUCACGACAGAUUGUUCUCCUAUUCUCCAUUCUGUCGAGUAUGGGGACAAUACUGUUGAUUUUUCUGACACUAAGAGUUAGACAAGUCAGUGAUGGCCUUAUUCAUGGCUGAGAGAGAUGCCGAACCUUUUUUUUUUUUUUUCAUUUCAGAUCAUAAUCUUCUGUUUCUAUUUAAUUAUUACUGUUCUUUGGCAUCUGUAUCUUCUCUUGCUUGGGCUUUAUCUCAAUUUUCCUGUGUAAAUAUAGCCAGUUAAGUGUUUGCUGCA